UUUACCGAACAUUGUCGAAGACGGGAACCAAAAUGGCCGCCAGUGGACCGCUGGAUUUGAGCUGUCGGGGUUUGUACGCGAGAAUUGCGGCCGUUAGGUAGUUCUCCGUCGGAUUUCCGAGAUGAGCUCAACGGAGAGCUUCGACGACACCUCCAGCGGCGGUGACGUCGCCGGAUACUUCAAGUCAGGGAGCAAAAAGACGGAAGGGCUGAAAGCUGCUGACAUAGUGCCAAUUCUUAGAGAAAAAAUAGCUUUCUUAUCAGGUGGCCGUGAUAUGAGAGGGGGUCCCGUCCUGACAUUUCCACAGCGCAACAACCCAGAAAAGGCCAUCCGCUACGAUGACCUCAAGAGAGUCAUGACAUACUUAGCUAGUAUUCCCAGUGAGGACACCAAGAAGCAUGGCUUCAGUGUGGUGGUGGAUAUGCGAGGCUCCACAUGGAGUUCUGUCAAACCCCUACUCAAGGCAUUACAGGACUGUUUCCCCGGUAACAUCCACAUGGCUCACAUCAUCAAACCCGACAACUUCUGGCAGAAACACCGCACCAGUCUUGGCUCCUCCAAGUUCUCUUUCGAGACCUCCAUGAUAGCUCUGGAUGGCCUGACAAAGUGCAUCGACCAAUCGCAGCUUACGAGCGAGUUUGACGGCACGCUGGUGUACGAUCACGAGGAGUGGAUAGAACUCAGGCUGGCCCUUGAAGAAUUCGUCUACUCUGCGUUGGACUUGCUGGACAAGUUCGAGACCCUGGAGGAAGCAAUGAACGCUAACGACUUUGCAGACGACCUUGCCGGUGCCAAACUGAUGAUGGAGGAGCACAACUCUCGCAAGAAGAAAAUCUCCAAAGCCCCGAUCGAACAGUUAGAAACGGAGGGGCAGAAACUUCUGGAAAAGAUCGGGGUGAUGAAGGCUGAGGAAGGGACAGGAGACAGUGGUAUAGGGGAGAACCAUGCAAUGGUGUCAGGUACUGCUGAUUUCCAAAGCGAAGCCCCCCGUGUGACGAGUCUGGUGGAGAAUCUUCACGCCACGCGACAGAGACUCCAGCAGCUGUGGCACAUUCGCAAACUCAAGUUAGACCAGUGCUUCCAGCUCCGUCUCUUCGACAACGACUGUGAGAAGAUGUUUGAGUGGUUGAGUCACAACAAGGAACUAUUUGUGGUCAACUUUACGGAGAUCGGAGCCACGCACAAGAUCGCUCUGGAGCUGCAGGCAGAGCACAGCCACUUCGCCAUGAACUCUAUGAAUGUUUACGUGAACAUCAACCGAAUCAUGUCAGUGGCGCAGCGGCUUGCGGACGCCGGACACUACGCCGCCCAGCAGAUCCGACAGCAGGCCAGCAAGCUUGACCGGGAGUGGAAGACGUUUGCGGGAGGGCUGGACGAACGAAGCACGCUACUCGCCAUGUCAGUCAUGUUUCACACCAAGGCAGAAGAGUACUUAACUCAGGUGCCAGUGUGGACGGAGUCUUGCCAGGUGGAGAACUUACCUGCAGAUGUGGAGAACCUGGAAGAGUCCAUCCACAAACACCAGGGACUGUACGAGACCAUCAACCAGAAGUAUAGUGAGGUAUGUAUAGAUGGGAAGACCCUGUUGGACUCGCUGCAGCAGCCGGUCAGCCCGAGCACGUCCAACUCCAUGACGGCGCAGGCGGACUACUCCACGGCGGCGCAGCACGUGCUGGACCUGGUGCACGAGAUCCUGGAGAAACAUCGCCAGCUUGAGGAGGUCUGGCAGCACAAGAAGCUCCGCCUCAGUCAGCGCCUGCAGCUCUGUGUCUUCCAGACUGAUGUACAACAGGUUAUUGAAUGGAUAGACGACCAUGGUGAAGGUUUCCUCAGUAAGCACACGGGCGUCGGGAAGUCCCUCCAUCGAGCACGGGCCCUGCAGAAGAGACAUGAAGACUUUGAAGAAGUCGCAAAGAAUACGUACACUAAUGCAGACAAGUUGUUAGAGGCAGCGGAGCAGCUUGCGCAGACGGGAGAGUGUGACCCGCAGGAGAUUUACCAGGCGGCGCGGCAUCUGGAGGACCGCAUCCAUGACUUCGUCACGCGCGUGGAGCGGCGCAAAGCCCUGCUGGACAUGUCCGUCUCCUUCCACACGCACAUCAAAGAGUUGUCGGUGUGGAUUGAGGCGUUAAAGAAGGAACUUCAGACAGACGAGUUAGCAGACGACAUCGAGGGAACAGAAGAACUGAUAGAGAAGUUCCUACAACAGAAGGAGGCCACCAUCGACGCAUCUAUCAGUACAAUCAGCGAGGGGGAGAAUCUUAUUGAGCAACUAAGGGAUGCUGCCAUGGAAGGUAACCAGGCCCCCAACAACCCGCGGCAUGAGGAGUCCAUCAAGCACAUCGACGGUGUGCUGCAGAAGCUGGAGGAGAGCCGGCGGGAGCUGGACGAGCUGUGGGCCUCACGCAAGCUGAGACUCGACCUCUGUCUGCAGCUCAGACACUUCGAGAGGGAUGCACUAGAGGUGUCAUCGAAACUGGAAGCGUGGGCGGAGGAGAUGGGUAAGGAGGAGCUUCAGGCCGACCUGACGCGGGCGGAACACAUGCUGAGCGCGCACAACGACAGGGUGCUGCGCAUGCAGGGGCUCACGUACGAGGCACUGCAGCGCGGGCAGGAGCUGUACCAGCUGUUCGAACAGACAGGUGUACAGAUCAUGGCAGACAGUCAGUACGACGCCCAGACACGUAUCCAGGUGCUGCUGGAGUUUCUCCACGAGAAGCAGCUGGACCUGGAGGAGAUCUCCGAGCAGCACAGACUCCGCCUCACACAGUGUGUACAACUCAGACACUUCGAACAGGAGGUCAAACAGGUUCUGGGAUGGAUACGGAACGGGGAGGCCAUGUUGGCUGCGGCUGUUAUCACCGCCAGUACACUAAACGAGGCAGAGACCAUGAAGAAAGAACACGAGCAGUUCCAGCUAGCUAUAGAAAAAACACAUCUUAGUGCUCUGACAGUUCAACAGAAGGCAGAGAACUUGAUAGGAAACAAUCACUAUGAGCCUGAAGCGAUUCGCGCCUGUGCGGAAAAUGUCGCGCUCCACUGGCAACAGCUGAUGCAGAAGGCUGAGGACAGACAACGACUCAUCAACGCAGCCGUUCAGUUCUACAAAACUGCAGAGCAGGUUUGUUCUGUCCUGGAGAGUCUGGAGAGGGAAUACAAGCGAGACGAAGACUGGUGUGGCGGAAACUCGGAGAGAUAUAACACGACAGAACCUGACCCCAUCGCACCCAUCAUCGGCAAGCAUGUAGAACAAAAAGAAGCAUUCCUAAAGGCCUGUACGCUAGCCCGGCGCAAUGCCGAAACAUUCCUGAAGUACGUCCAGCGGAGUAACCUCACCCACGGGCCGUCUCCUAACAGACUCCGCGGACCAGACACUCGUGUGAAAAGUAUCUUAGAGAACCUUUUGAAGCAGGAAAACCAGGUGUUAGAAUACUGGACAAUCCGUAAGAAAAGACUCGACCAGUGCCAGCAGUACGUGCUCUUUGAGCGCAGCGCCAAGCAGGCCCUGGACUGGAUCCACGAUACCGGAGAGUUUUACCUGUCCACGCACAUCAACGUCGGAGACAACAGGGAAGAAACAGAGGCUCUACUUAAAGAACACAAUGAGUUUAAGGGAACAGCCAAGGAGACCAGAGAAAAAGUCAAGCUCCUUCUGCAGGUGGCAGACAGUUUUGUAGAGAAGGGGCACUCGCACGCCUCCAGUAUCAAGUCAUGGGUGACGGCCGUGGACAAACGCUACAAGGACUUCUCCUCACGGAUGGACAAGUACCGACACAAGCUGGAGGAGGCUCUCGGGGUGGAAUCAGAGCUUGCUCCAAGUGAGAACAAGGAUCUCUCCCUUGAUGGUAAGGGGUCAGAGGGCAAAGGGUCAGACUCCAGUCUAGAGGUCAAACUUAGAGACUCUGCCAAGGACUCCAAUGAGGAGAAGAGAAAGUCUGCCAGAAGAAAAGAGUUUAUCAUGGCAGAGCUGCUGCAGACAGAGCGAGUGUAUGUGCGGGACCUGGAGUGUUGCAUUAAGAACUACCUGUGUGAGAUGACAGCUUCUGUACAGGAGGUGCCUGUAGGACUGUCCGGGAGAGAGUCUGUCAUCUUCGGAAAUAUCGAAGAGAUUUAUGAUUUCCAUAACAAUGUCUUCCUCAGAGAGCUCGAAAAAUACGAGCAGUUUCCAGAAGAUGUAGGUCACUGCUUCGUGACCUGGGCAGAGAAGUUUGACAUGUACGUGAAAUACUGCAAGAACAAGCCUGACUCCAACCAGCUUCUCAUGGAACAUGCCGGCAACUUUUUUGAGGAUGUGCAGAAUAAACACAGCAUGAGUCUUACUAUCCAGUCAUACCUGAUCAAGCCUGUACAGAGAAUAACCAAGUACCAGCUUCUCCUGAAGGACCUACUGGCCUGCUGUGAGGAAGGCAAGGGAGAAAUCAAGGAUGGACUGGAGGUGAUGCUCAAUGUGCCCAAGAAGGCCAACGAUGCCAUGCAUCUCAGCAUGCUGGAAGGGUUCGAGGGUAACUUUGAGGCCCAAGGCGACAUGUUGUUACAAGACUCCUUCCAAGUCUGGGAUCCAAAGGCCCUGAUCCGUAAGGGUCGAGAAAGACACAUCUUCCUCUUCGAGAUGUGCCUACUGUUUAGCAAAGAGGUCAAAGAUAGCAACGGUAAAACCAAGUACAUCUACAAGUAUAGACUAAUGACAUCUGACCUGGGUGUUACAGAGCACAUAGAAGGAGACCCCUGUAAGUUUGCUCUGUGGACAGGCAGACAGCCCACAUCAGACAACAGGAUCAUCCUCAAGGCUUCCAGUCUGGAAGUGAAGCAGUCUUGGGUGAAGAAAAUCCGCGAAACUGUGCAGGAACGACAGAUGCACAUCACAGCAGCGUUGAAUGACGCGCUGCAGCGUAACGACCGCAGACAGCAGCCGUCGCUUCUCAAGGCAGCAGCGAAACUCCUGACGCAGAACAAGUCUCCACGAGAGCCGAGCAUUGGAGGAGAGGAGAGUGAGAGUGUGCAUUCCACAGAGGAGGGGAGCAUCCACAGUAUGGAACAGCAGGAAACUGGUUCUGUGACUUCAGCAACUACCAUAGACAGCGACAAGUUUGAAAGUGGCAACUCGGGUCAUGAGGUCACGCUUGUCGUGGAAGACUUUGAGGCGACUGGCAGCCAAGAGAUCACCGUCUUUAAGGGUCAGACGGUGGAGCUUCUGGACCGUCCCGAGAACAAGCCCGAGUUCUGUCUGGUGCGUACGCUACUGACGGAGAACAGCCCGUCAGCCGAGGGACUAGUCCCAAACAACAUCCUCGCCGUGGCUCACUCCCGCAGCAGUCUCAGCAUGGACGAUGCGUUGACGGUUGCCCCGUGUCCAGCUGCGGAGAGCGGCCACAACCCAGCGACGUCCUCCUACUCACUCCCCAACACCGUCCACACCUCUCCACAUGCCAAACGUCGAGCGGGAAGCUUCAGAAAAUGGCUGACAAGCCCUGUACGUAAGCUGAGCAGUGCAGGGUCCACUCGGGUGGACAAGGCCAUCCCAGAACCACCACCCCCACCCCCUCCUCCACCACUCCCCCCGGGGAGGCUGGGCAAGAAACCCCUGGGGGCUAAACAAAAGGGAAAGAACCUGUUGUCUGGACACAACGAUGUUGGCCGUGCGACUCCCCCGCCCCUGGCACAAGAAGAAGACCUCCUGGACGAGGAGCGGAUCUCCAGUGCACGAGGCAGCUCGGAGAACAUGGCGGCCGCCCGCAGCGUGGAGACGGCAGGCGAGGAGGAAGAGCCGGAGAGCGAGGCCAUGCCGCUGCCCCCGCCCAUGGAGAUCGUCCAGCACAGCUUCUCACGACCCAACUCACAGGAGGACCUGUCUGCUUCUAAAAUGUCUCUGACAGCGUCAAUGAGGUCCCUGAACGUUGCUGGUUCAACGACAGACCUGGUGUCGGAGAUCGAAAACAUCGCCAAACAGCGUUUGGACGAAUCUGGCCUGCCAGAUGAGGCAGAAGGUGGGGAGGGGGGCGCACCCCAGAACCAAGCAGAAGGGAGGGGAGACACUCUGGAGAGACAAGCCAGCGCACUGAAGAAGAGACGUUUCAUCCUCCAAGAGCUUCUGGAGACAGAGCGUGAUUACGUGAAGGACCUGGGCAGUGUGAUGGACGGGUACGUGGCCACCAUGAAGGAGCAGGGCAUCCCCGAGGACAUGGAGGGCAAGGACAAGAUCGUCUUUGGCAACAUUCACCAGAUCUACGAGUGGCACAGAGAUACUUUCAGUGGUGAACUAGAGAAAUGUGCCGACAGUCCGGACCGUGUAGCCAACCUGUUCCUGCGGUACGAGCGCCGACUGCACAUGUACGUGGUGUACUGCCAGAACAAGCCCAAGUCGGAGCACAUCGUGUCCGAGUACAUCGACACGUACUUUGAGGAACUGCGUACCAAGCUGGGACACAAACUCAGCCUCCCCGACUUGUUGAUCAAGCCGGUGCAGAGAAUUAUGAAGUACCAGUUGUUACUGAAGGACCUUCUGAAGCACACACAGAAGGCUGGGCUGGACGCGGCAGAGCUGGAGGCCGCGGUGAACGUCAUGUGUGUCGUGCCGAAGAGAUGUAACGACAUGAUGAACAUCGGCAGACUUCAAGGGUUUGAUGGUAACAUCAAUGCCCAGGGCAAGCUGCUGCUCCAUGACCCCAUGAUCGUGUCAGACAACAGCAGUCUGCUGCAGUGGAAGGGGAAGGAGAGAAGAGUCUUCCUCUUCGAACAGAUUGUCAUCUUCAGCGAGCCCCUGGACCACAAGAAGGGCCUGAGCAACCCAGGCUACCUGUACAAGGGAUGCAUCAAGGUGAAAGACAUGUCCAUGAUGCCUGAUGUUGACAAUGACCCGACCAAGUUCAGCCUGAUGUCAAAGACCCGAGACGGUGAGGACUGUUACAUCCUGCAGGCUCCUGCACCAGACAUCAGGGAGACAUGGGUCGCUGAGAUCAGCAUGCUACUGGACAGACAGAAGGACUUCAUCAGAGCCCUCCAGUCCCCUAUAGAGUACCAGCGGGAUGUCCUGUACGCCAGUAACACGUUGAGAAAAAGCUUCUCCAGUCCGAACCCCGUCCCAGGCUCCCCUCCCUCCAUCCUCACCCAGCAGAACUGUCAGUCUAACUGCGGCUCCACCAACAGCCUCCCUGACUCCAAGUCCACCUUCCGGAAGCAUUCUGUCCCCGCCCUCAUGAUCAACAAGGAAAACAGUAUGAUGGACGGAAGCCACAGUCUGCCUCGAAUGAACAAGAGCCGGAAAAUCUCUCUCCCAACCCCUCCCUUAGGUUCCCCAACCACUCCAAACUCUCCGUGUCUCUCUCCGAUCCCCAUGGAAUUUUCCAAGGAAUCCUCCCCCCUGAAUUCCCCGUCUGGAGAGAGCAGUGGAUCGUCUUCAGAUCGACGUUUUCCCUUCAAAGAUCAGCAGGGCAGCGCGAGCUCCUCACCUAACAACAAGCGCAAACUGUUGGAUAAUCUCAAGCCGAACUUUUGGGCAGGGAAGGGGAAGGAGCCGUCGUCCCCAACACGGACUCAGGCGAAUUUCAUGGGCGCGAACGGAGCGGCGAAGGGUCAGAUGUCACCGGUGAAGAAGAGAAACGUGGAAAACAGAAUGAGCGCCACGAGCGACUGUUCCAUGUCCAGCCACACCAGCGAUUACUCACAGAGAUCAGAGGCUUCAGAGUCUGGGAGCGACUAUGGCGUACCGACGGAGCUUGACGUGAAGCAGACGUACAACGCCAUCAAGGAGGACGAGAUCACGGUGUUUAAGGGCGAGCUGGUGCAGAUCCUGGCCACCAAUCAGCACAACAUGUUCCUGGUGCACCGUGCCGCCACGGAGGAGUCGCCCGCCGCGGAGGGCUGGAUCCCGGGGGACGUGCUGGGGUGUGCCAAGGACGGGACAGACGGGGAAAAUGCUACCAAGAAUAAGUCUUGGUUCCACAAGAAGAAACGAGGUGAGAAGAAAGACAAGGCCAGCCCCACCCACUCCAGUAAGAACGGCUACAGAACCAAGUCUAAGGACAAGGAUCCUCAUGGAACUAAAGUCUCCGUCAAGCUGCUGAACCCUAAUUACAUGUAUGAUGCUGCCCCAGAGUUUCUCCAACAGUUGACCAACACGACCGUCCAGCUCGGUGACCCGGCCACGCUGACGUGCCACGUGUGCGGCCGCCCCCGCCCCUCCGUCUCGUGGAGAGGUCCCGACCAGAUGCUGCUGUCCCCCAGCUCGCGCUUCAGCAUGUCGUACAGCGAUAACGGAGACAUCCUGCUGCACAUCGCCUCCACGGUGCUGUCUGAUACAGGACAGUACACCUGUGUGGCCAGCAAUGAGAUCGGCUCAGUCACUACAGCCGGGAUGUUAACAGUACAAGGCCGUCCUGGUGCCCCUGGUAGACCAAUCAUGAAGGAGAAGACUGCCACCUCUGUGACUCUGACAUGGGCUCCACCCAAGGAGACUGGAAACUGCCCCAUCUCAGCUUACACAGUGGAGUAUUCAGAACAGGGAACUGGGGUGGGGAUCUGGCAGGCUGCCGUAGCCGUAGCGCCAGAAACCACGCAGCUCGUAGACGACCUCACCCCCGGCACUGUUUACCAAUUCCGUGUUAGCGCUAACAAUGUCGUAGGCAUCAGCACUCCGAGCGAGCCGUCCGAACCCAUCACACUCAGGCCCGAUACAGAAAUGGUAGAUGGAGAGGAGGUACCCAGAAUACGAUGGCAGAAUGACUUCAGCGCAUACAGUGAGAUUAGUGAAAUAGGCCGGGGGAGAUUUUCAGUUGUGAAGAUGUGCUGUCACAUGGGGUCCAAGAGGGAGGUUGCCGCUAAAUUCAUCAGUAAAAAGUACCUGACAAAGGAAGCUGCAGACAACGAAGUGUCCAUUCUACAGAGCCUCCAGCACCCCCACCUUAACACUGUCCACGAGGCGUACGAUGUAGCUCAGAGCCUUAUCAUUAUUUUGGAACUCAUCCCCCACGGUCGGUUAUUGGACUGGAUUGUGCUGAAUCACCGUGGCAACUACACGGAGCAGCACGUGGUGGGGUACGUUAUCCAGGUCAUGGAAGCUGUGCAAUACCUACACAACUGCAGGGUGGCGCAUCUAGACAUCAAGCCGGAGAACAUAAUGGUUGAUGGUGAUAGUCUCACGCCAAAGAUCAAACUCAUUGACUUUGGGGAUGCCAAGCAAAUCAGUAACAGUAGAUUCUACAUCCACAACCUGCUAGGUAGUCCAGAGUUUGCUGCUCCUGAGCUGGUGAACGGACACCCCGUCUGUCUCAACACUGACAUGUGGAGCGUCGGCGUACUUACUUAUGUUCUGUUGAGUGGCGUUUCUCCAUUCCAAGAUGAAAGUGUGGAGGAGACGUGUACCAACAUAUCCAAGGUGGACUACUGUUUCCCCGAGGAGUACUUCACAGAAGUCACUGACUUGGCCAAGCAAUUUGUGGCAUCAUUUCUCAUAGCUGAUCCAAGCCAAAGAGCACAGGCUGCUGCUGGUCUGGAGCACCCGUGGGUCCAACACACCAGCUCUGCCGGGCCCGAGGCCGCCCUGGCACACCUGGACACCUCCAGACUAACCGCCUUCAUCGAGAGGAGAAGCCACCAGAAUGAUACGAAGCCAGUCCUCCCCAUGCAGUCCUUCUAUCCUCUGGGCAUGACGUCUCGUGUAUGAGUUUUACCGGGCUUCAGCUGUCAACAAGUCAACCUUACCAAUUUUGCAGUCAUAAAGAGGGACUCUUGCUGUACCCACCCAUGUCAUGAAUGGGAGCAUCCACAAAGGUAUCUGCAUUGUAGCAAGAUGGACUCAACCACUCAUAUAACAGGGAGUUGUGCUUGGGUGUACAUAAAAGAGAGUGUAAAUAUAUAUACAAUGUAGCUGUUGUUAAAUUGUUACACCUGGUCUGCCGUUGUGUGGUGCUAAAUACUUAUAAUUGUACAAUAAAUAACAUUCUAUGGAGGAAAGUAGAUAAAAUGUUGUUCAUGAAAUUGUUGGCUUUCCUUCUCUGCAAAAAAAACCUUACCAGGAAUGACUUUCUACCAGUCUUUAAAUGUUUAUUACAGUAAGGCUAACUAAUGCAAGUCACUGAAGGAAAUGCUGUUGUUUUCAUGUUGUUCCUUGUUUGCAUUAGGCAAAAGUUUACCACUGGAAAGAAAAAUCGCAAUUAAACCCUUUUGCACUCUUACUUCACUUGAAACAAUACAAAUUCAGCACUGUAUGUCAUCAAUAGAUAUUGAAGGGUUAACAUCGUCUUUUGAUGAAGCAAGGCUUCCUUCUAGCGAGUCCAGCAAGUCCCUUGAAGUCUACUCUACAUGUAUAUUGUGUGGCUUUGGCAUGUUGUAUAUGUAUAGAUAGAGGUAAGAAGAUUGGGAGAAAUUUCGCAUACCUCCAUGUUCUCUAUAAUGUCCUUAAGAUGUUUUUAAUGUAACUUUAAAAAAACUGACUGGAGAAAGUCAUCCCUGCUGUAGUCCCUGAUCCUCUACAAGAUUUAAUAACCACAUGAGCUAAGAUGAUAUAGAUAAAGAAACAAUUUGUGAGCUGUACUUAUAUAUAAACUUGUAUGUACCCAUCACCUUGUUGCAUUGCACACAAAAGUUGCAAAACACGUUUUAUUAUGAUCCUUAAGUGCCAUCCUGUCUUGUACAAUGUUGGUAUUACACAAAGAAUUUAGAUGUUUUUGGCAUUGCCUCAGGAGUGGAGCCUGUUUAUAUUGAAUCUCUAGCUUUGAAGUAGAUAGGAAGCAAUACAAUGUCACUGUGUCAGAAAUCAAUGUAUGCACCUUAUUUAUUGGACAGAACUUUUUAUGCCAAUCAAGAUUGUGAUCAUAUACAUAUAGGUAAAGAAAAUCUUAACAGUGGUGUACGUUAGAUAGUGUUACAGCUUUUCACCUCAAAGCAUUUUUCAGAGGGACAUGAAAAUUAUAUAUACAAAUGUCGUUUACUGCUAUGGUCGGAUUCACAUAUCGAUGGUACUAUUUAGAUAUUUAGAAUCACAAUCAUGGUAAAAGCACCUUUCACUUUGUUGCAUCCUCUGCAUAUAGGCAGUAAGUAGAUUUAAUCGUCACAAGAGUAGAUAGUAGCCUGUAGUCGAUGCUAUCACCAUUUUUUUUGUUGUAAAAUUGUAUACUUGCAAUGAUCAACAAUUCCAGAGUGAUGAGUCCGUCAAUAAUCAUGACUCCUCAAUGAAAGGUACAGACGUGUCCAUUCCAAGAAACCAGAGCAGUGUAGUGUACAAAGAUAUUGUGAGUGACUCAUGUUUACGUAGGGUUACUCCAGAGUUGUGAAAGUACCGCAUUUAGCUGGCAACUGUGUUCCCGCGUGCGCUAUGUUUGUUACUGUGUGGAGCAGCACAAAUUUCCACGUUUCUAAAAUGACGAAAACUUGGUUUUCAGCUACUAAUAGGAACUCCAUUAUAGGAACUAUGUAAGCUGUAUGUUAGCUUUUUGUACAUAACUUACUUCAAUGUGAGGAGAUCUCUUGAAGAGCAGUGUCGUGGCAUAAUUAUUAGGUAUAGCAUUGAUAGGUAGUGUGUAGGUAUUGUGGAUAUGUAAAUGUAAGUUUUGAAUGUCAAUAUGAAAACAUUUAACCUGUAAAUUUUACUCAAAUUUUGUAUUUGUUCCUCUUAUGUACUAUCCGGAAAAAAAUAUGUUUUUAAGUGCAAGUUCAUUCAGUCAGUCUUGCUAGGCUAGAUAGGACAUUGCAGCUGUAGGCAAACUUUUGUUCAAACUGGCAUAUUUACAUAUGGAGAAAUAUAUUUUGUUUAUCAUGAGUUUGCCAUACUAUGCAAUUGUUUGUCAUUGAAGCUAUACUCAAAAUGUACUUGCAGUGGAAGGAAACCGUUCUUUUUAAUCGCAAAUAUGUUGCAAAUGAUGACAGAAUUUACACGUUGCCCAGAAUGCUGUAGUUAUCUGCGGGAUGCCUCUACUGUGUCACUUUGUUGUCUGAUGCCGAUGUGUUCUUUUUAAAGAAAAGGAGCCCAAUAUCUCUCUCUCUGCAUGUAUUUGUGAUGAGGUAAUUUAUUAAAAAGUCACUGCCCAUGUA